AUGAAAGUCAGACCUGAAGCUGUGGUAUUUGUGCUCUCAGUCACUGCAGACAAGGAUGAAUGUCAGAUUGGUUCGGUGAAGAUUUGCGGGCAGCACACAACUUGCCACAACACGUAUGGGAGCUACUUCUGCACCUGUCUGCCUGGAUACAGCCCGUCCAACAACAUGGCCACGUUCAUCCCCAAUGACGGAACCAACUGCGUAGAGGUGGACUGUGGCCCGCCUCCUGCUCGUCCGCACUCAUACAUGCUCUGGGAUGAUCUCUCCAACUCUGGAUCGCAUGUGCUUUACCACUGUGACUCUGGGUUUGAACGAGUGGAGACGAGAGAUGUGUUUUACUGUAAUGCCACGGGACAAUGGGACAUCCCACUUGUCCUCUGCAAAGGUUGUUUGUGGGGAGCCCCCUUUGCUGCCCCAUACUGGUUACUGGACCGUGGCAACCAUAUUGUGCAAAGAGAUUAG